AUGCGUUUCUUCACCAUCGCUGCUACCGCCCUUGCUGGCACCACUUACGCUGCCGACCAUAUGGUUGCUGUUGGCACCAAGAAAGGCGAUCUUGCCUUCGACCCUGAAAGCAUUACUGCUGCUGAGGGCGACCUCGUUCAUUUUAAAUUCUGGCCAAAAAAUCACAGUGUCGCCCAAGCUGCUUUCAACCGUCCGUGCGCACCCAUGAACAAUGGCUUCUGGUCAGGUUUCGUGCCCACAAUGGAUGCCAAUGCAGCCGCCAACUGGACCUUCACAUAUGAAGUCACCAACGCCUCACAACCUAUCUGGUUCUACUGCACCCAGGGUCAGCAUUGCCAGGCUGGCAUGGUCGGCGUGAUCAACCCACCUCAAUCCGGCCCAAGAACCCUCGAAGCGUGGAAAGAAGCUUCUGCCAACGCUCAAAGCAACAUCUCCCCCACAUCCGUUGCUGGUACUGGUGGCAACCUCACCCAGAACGCUACCGCCGGUACUGGUACUGGUACUGGCACUGGCACUGGCACUGGUUCAAGCCCCAGCCCUUCCACCGGUGCCGCAUCCCACCUCUCCGGCAGCGUAGCCUUCGCCGGUCUCACUGGCAUGUUCACUUUCUUCCUGCUCUAA